AUGAGUGAAGAUAACGAUUUUUUCAUUAAUCUGGCUACUCCAGAUCAGCAAUCAUCAAGUUCUUCCAAUUCUUUAAAUAAAGUUUCUGGUGGAAGAUGGAAGGAUAGAAGAAAAUUGAGAAUGCUGAUGGAUAACAGACCUAAUAAAGGAAAAAGAUCUAAUGAUAAUGAGGGCCGUGAAGGUUCUUUUAACAGAAAGGAAAAAAAGGCUAAGACACAUGAUGGGAUGAACGAUACACCAACUGUUACAACUGCUCACACCAAGCAAAUUGAUCAGAGACUGUCACAAAACAAGAAAGGUAAUUCGGUUAAUGUUGAUGACCAAAUUGUUUCAUCAUUAUUUACUUCUAACAGGGAAAUUACGACCUCUGAAAAUACAAACAAGCAGGAUAAGGAUGCCGAAGUGGUAGCAUCAAAUGCUCCAUUGGCAACAAAUACGUUUGCUGAUUUAGGUAUUGAGGAACCUUUACUAUCAUAUUUAUCAACCAAAAUGAAUAUUGAAAAACCUACAAGUAUUCAAAAAUUGGUAAUCCCUCAUUUAUCCUCCGUUGCAAAUGAUAAUGAUCUAUUUAUUCAUGCCCAAACAGGUUCUGGUAAAACACUAGCAUAUUUACUGCCAAUAUUGUCAUCUGUUCUUAACAUGAAGACACGUAUCGAUAGAAAAUCUGGAUCAUUUGCUCUAAUCAUCGCACCUACAAGGGAAUUGGCCUCGCAGAUUUACGAUGUUGCAAUUAAUCUAACUAAUUGUUGUCGGUAUUUAGUGCCUUGUCUAUUAAUCGGUGGUGAAAGAAAAAAGUCUGAAAAGGCAAGACUUCGUAAGGGGUGUAACCUUAUCGUUGGGACACCUGGUCGUAUUUUGGAUCAUUUACAAAACACACAAGCUAUUAAGGAACAAAUGACCUCUUCUUUAAGGUAUGUUAUUCUUGAUGAAGGUGAUAAAUUAAUGGAAUUAGGGUUUGAGGAAAGUUUACGUAAUAUCUUUGAGAUUAUUCAUAAUAUACCAAUUGAUACUGCAACGUUCCCAAAGUUACCUUCAAGAAUUAUGCAUGUUUUAUGUAGUGCCACCUUGAAGGAGAAUGUCAAACAAUUAGGAAAUGUAACACUAAAAAAUUAUAAACUAAUUUCAAAUUCUCAAAAGAAAGGUAAAUCAAACGAUGAAUCUGUCAUAGCUGUUGCUCCAGAUCAAUUGCAGCAAGAUAUUACAAUCGUCCCACCAAAGUUAAGAUUAGUUACAUUAGCUGCUCUUUUAAAUAACAUAACUGUCAAGCAUUCCAAGAGUGAAGAUGGAACCUAUCGUACUAUGAUUUUCUUAUCAUGUGCUGAUAGUGUUGAUUUCCAUUUUGAGGCAUUCUCGACUAUGGAUUCAUCUCAUAAGGACCUAGUGGAAGGAGCUGUGAGAUUAUUAACCAAAGGGAGUACUGUUUUCCCUUGUUUUAAAGAGGAUGAAGAACCAAAUGUGAUUUUCUAUAAAUUGCACGGUUCUUUAUCUCAACAAAUCAGAAGUUCUACUUUAAGGCAUUUUGCGUCAAAUAAGGACGCAACCAAAGGGAAGCAUCUAAUUCUUUUCUGUACGGAUGUCGCAAGUAGAGGUCUAGAUUUACCACAUGUUGGUACAGUAAUCGAACUGGAUCCUCCAUUUAAUGUGGAAGAUCAUCUCCAUAGAAUUGGUCGUACUGCUCGUGCAGGUAGAGCAGGUGAAAGUAUAUUAUUUUUAAUGCCAGGUGAGGAAGAAGGAUACAUGGCUGUUAUUAAACCCUAUCAUAAAAUGGGUUGGACUUUAUUGAAAUUUGAUAAGGAUAUACUAAUGCCAGCCUUUAGUGAAACUAAUGUCGGAAGAAAUGAUAUGAAAGACAGAAAGAAAAAGGAUGUUGAUCUUGAAUGGGACACAAAUGCGACAACCUGGCAUUUGAAUGUUGAGAGAAGGAUUCUAGAGGAUUCUGAAUUUAAGGAUGUUGCAUCUAAAGGUUACAGUAGUCAUAUCAGGGCAUACACAACUCAUAUUGCAAGUGAAAAGGCUAUAUUUAACGUGAAAUUUAUUCAUUUAGGUCAUUUGGCCAAAAGUUUCGGUUUACGUGAAAAGCCUAAAACUAUGGGUAUUCAAACUAGUAAGCAACAGAAGGAAAUUGGCGAAGCCAAGAAAUCUAAAGAAGGUAACAAGAAUAAGAUGUGGCGUAUAGCACGUAUGACAGCGAAAGAUACUGCCCAUGAAUUUAACUAUUGA